GUAAAAAUGUUUCUAAUUCCUGAAGGAAAACAGGUUGAACAGGCUCUGAUGUCACAACUCUUAUCAACAUGGUACACAUUGCCUUCUACCAGCCAUGUUACCAGUUACUCCUUUGUCAGAGCACCAACCUUGACUGGAUGAUUCGCUGAUGGAACCACCUUCAUACGACGAGGCCAAUCGCCACCUUUCUGUUCAGACAGCAGGACUUUCUGACCACCCGUCUCCUCCUGCCUACACUCCUGGCCCGUCCCCUUCGACACCUCCUCCAACCUAUGGAGAGGCUGUUCAGCCAAGUGCUUUCCCUGUCCUGACUCCACCCACUGGGCCAUUCAUUUUGGUUGCACCUCCUGCAAACUCUGGAAUCACAGUCCACCCUCUAACACAAAUCGAUGAGAGACCAGCUGCAGCUCGCAGAGCUCCAACCGUAGCGGUCGUGUCCCAGCCUCAGCCAGUUCCCAUCAUAGUGAGUAGUCUGAGAGACGCUCCUGGUUUUGUUCUCUGUCCUCACUGCCAACAGCUGGUCACCAGUAAAGUCACAUAUGUGGCUGGGAAGGCUGCGUGGUGCACAUGUGUGAUUCUUGCAUUGUUGGGGUUAUUCUGCGGGUUCUGUCUGAUUCCACUGUGCAUGAGAAGUAUGCAGGAUGCACAUCAUUCAUGUCCUCAUUGUGGCAAAAAACUGCACAUUUAUGAAAGAUGACACAACGUCAGGAUCCAUAAAGCUCAGGCUUUUCUCCCCCACUGGGGAUCUUGAUAGCUAUUUAUAUGGUAACUUAAUUUGAGAUGAGAGUGCUGCUUGCUUGUAUGUACACCCUAUGUUCACUCAGUUUUUCUUCCACAUUAACACUGUUUGGUCACCUAAACUAGUUUCUCAUAGCUAAGAAGGAAAAGCCGCCUUGAAAAUGUGAUGGCAGGUCGAGAAAACAAACAACUUCCUGCGGGUUACCUUAUACUGCUGGAGCUAAGCACCAACCCUGCAGGACCCUGCACUGAUGAACUGGGGUAGACAGUGAUGGAUGGAUGGAUGGAUGGAUGGAUGGAUGGAUGGACGGAUGGAUGGAUGGAUGGAUGAUGAUUACCAAACACCUUAUAGAGUCGAUAUAGCUUGAUGUGUUAUUUUUCACAAGCAUUUUUUACUAUUUAUGGAUGAAAUGUUAUCAAAUUGUAGUAGAACACUUAGUGCACUUUUUAUGCAUUUCUACAAAUGUCUGAAGUAUAUGUUUAUAAAUAGUAAUUAUGAGAGAUGUUAAACAAACGAUAUGAGUACAAUUUAAUCAAGUUUUAGACCGUGAGAUGUAAUAUUUUCUGUCACUGAGGAAGUUAAAGGACAGACAAUCCUUUAGUUCUUCCACUCCAUAUUAUUCUGAAUGACCGUUUGAGUCUGAGACUCUAGUUGGAAAAUUGUCCACUAUAAAGAUAAUUUCUGCCAACCUAUUGUCAAUGUUCACUUGGUAAACAUUAGGCUUUUAAUUUAGAAAAAAAAAGACCUUUGCAUUAAGUUACAUUUCUCUUGAAAACUGUUAUCCUGAAAUAAGAAUGUGACCAGAUUUAAUUUCCUGGUAUAGUCCACUUUGUUUGGGCAGGUGUCAAAGCUUAUCCAAUAAGGAACAAACAUGCAGACUCAGGUUUGCCUGAAAAUGAAGGUUCUGGUUUUCUUGCAAGUAAAGUAUGCCGCAUUUUGCUUACAAGGGGAAAUCAAAGGGGCAAAGUAAAUCUAGUAAAUCUAAGAUGAAACUAAUGGAA